AUGGCAGGUAACCUUCGCCCACCAACAGCACCAUACAGCGAGCCCCUUCUUCCACAACUCGACCUCCGCAACCCGUACUACACCGACCUGCACCACAACCUACGCGCAACCGUGCGCGAAUACGUGGAUACCUAUAUCGCACCGUACGCGCACGAAUGGGAAGAAGCAGGCCAAGUCCCCGAAGCCGUCCGACAGCGCCAUUGCAAGCUAGGCUACGGAAUCGUGCACCCGCUCACAACCGAACAGGACCCAGCCGGCCUGUCCCUGCCUGGGAACGUCCCCCGCGAGAAAUGGGAUACGUGGUGCUCGUUGAUUGUCUCUGAUGAACUCACGCGUGUGGGAUAUGUCGGUGUGGUAUGGGGACUUGGCGGAGGGAACGCGAUCGGGUGUCCGCCGGUCGCACGGUUCGGGACCGCAGAGCAGAGACAGAGGUGGCUGCCUGGUGUUGCGAAGGGAGAUGUCAGGUUUUGUUUGGGAAUUACUGAGCCGGAUGCGGGCUCUGAUGUGGCUAAUAUUCGGACUACCGCCCAGCGAGAUGGCGAUCACUAUGUCGUUAAUGGCGCGAAGAAGUGGAUAACGAAUGGUGUCUGGGCGGAUUAUUGUACGGCUGCCGUUCGGACGGGUGGCCCUGGUAGGUCGGGAAUUAGCUUGCUCGUUAUUCCUCUCGCUGUUCGAGGAGUAAGUCGCAGGCGUAUGCAUAAUUCCGGUGUCAACGCAAGUGGCUCAACAUUCAUCGAGUUUGACGAAGUGCGCGUCCCUAUCGCCAAUCUCCUCGGGGAAGAGAACAAAGGCUUCCCGCUCAUCAUGUCGAACUUCAACCCAGAGCGCCUCGCCCUCGCUUGCGCAUCCUUACGACUUGCUCGCGUAUGCGCCGAAGACGCAUUCAACUACGCCAUCCAGCGUGAGACGUUCGGGUCACCCCUGAUCGAAAAGCAAGCCAUUCAGUCCAAAAUCUUCAAAUUUGGCCUCAUGAUCGAACCGGCCUACGCGUUCAUGGAACAGCUCGUCAAUAUCCUUGAGAGCACCAAGGAUCGUGCAUCCGACGAUGUCAACAUCGGUGGAAUGACUGCGUUGCUGAAGGUCAUGUCGACAAGAGCGCUCGAGAAGAGUGUCCGGGAAGCUCAACAGAUCCUUGGUGGAGCGGGCUACAACAAGGCUGGAAAGGGCGCUAGGAUUGAGCAGAUUAGCCGCGAUGCUCGAGUUCACGUGGUUGGAGGCGGGAGCGAGGAGAUAAUGGCUGGGCUUGCGUUGCGGGAGGAGACAAAGGCGCUCCACACUCGACGGGCUGCAUUGGAGAAGAGAAACUCCAAGUUUUGA